UCAGGCAGUGAUCAUCAUUGUCCGCACCCUCAUCAUCUCUUUCUCCCUCUUUACCACACAGCACCCUACCCACCUCUCUCUCUCUCUCUCUCUCUCUCCCUCCCUCCCUCUCUCUCUCCCUCUCUCAGGGGAGACAGUGUUGUUGUUUGUUGUUUUAAGCCCCGGUUUGGUCCCACCACUCUCAGGAGAGAAGAGAAGAGAGAGCAGAAGUCUGUUAUGGCCCGCUGACUGGGACUACAUGGGACAGCCCACUCCAGGGAGCAUCUGAUGGGAUUAUAACACUCUUUCCAGCUUUUUUCUUUCUUCCUCCUACUCAGAAUAACUCUGCUCAUUCUGUUGGUAGUCCACUUUCACAGAGGCAAAACUGUGUUCAGUGGGACAAGUUUGCGUUGACGUUGAAUACCUGGAGGUUGUUGUUGAGGAAUUCGGCUUUGACAGUUUGAAGCUCACUUGGACGAAUUCAAGCUUGGUGUUUCCUAUUUAGGAGUACGAAAGAGAGAGAGAAAAAAUACAAGAGAAGCGUUUAUCUUGGCACAUCUGUGGUGAGCCGAAAGGAGAACCAGUGAGGAAUUAGUCCCAGAUGAGCACUGACAGCUGACACCAUCCUCAGUUUCAUUAGAUUUGAUUCGGCCCCAUACUUUCACAUACAGUGAGGCGAUAUGCUAUCUCGCUGUGCAAUAGGUCUUUAACAGCCAAGACUCUUUGCCUUUUUAGGCUGUUCACGUGCACACACUCGCACACACUCUGAGUUGAACCUUUCUGAUUUUCCUUCCAAACAAAUGGACAUAUCCGUACAGCUGGGACCCAAACCAGAACAGCCAGUUAAUUUUUUCUUUCUUAUGCACUUUGGUUCAUGGAUUUUGCACUGAGCUGGAAGUGAAUCAUUUCUAACAAUUAGGUUUUAUGUGAUAAACGCAGACUCAACAGGCCUGGCUUAUUGUUGCUCACACUCCCAUUCUUGCUCCUGUCAGGUGCAGCUGAUGAGUUUUGCUGUUUUGCAUGUUGCAGUUGUUUUGCAUUCGUCCUUCUUGGAUCUGUUUUUCCUGCUCCGUCCCGUCAAGGGAACCUGCCUCCCGAUGCCAUAACUUGUGACGGCAGUCGACAUAAAGGAAUUUGUGCAGACUCUCUUUCUGAUUCCGGACAGUAUGGGGGCUUUGCUCACACGGCAGAAGUUAUUUUUCUUUAUUGACGCAGAAGCUGGUGCUUUGACGAUUCUCUAAACUCAGCCAAACUUUUUUUGAACCCGCCAAUAAAAUGAUGAACAAGGAUUCUCGCUUUUCAAGGAAGAUGCACAGCAACUUCUCCACCCGCAGGCACUCAUGCAUUGGUUUUGAUGUGGAGAAUGGAUUGUCUGUGGGACGCAGCCCCCUGGACCCUCAGGCCAGCCCUAACUCUGGUCUGGCCCGACCGACCAAUUUCCCUCACAGCCAGCGGAGGGAAUCUUUCCUCUACCGCUCUGACUCCGACUUUGACCUUUCACCCAAAGGUCCCUCCAGAAACUCCUCCACUGCCAGUGACCUGGAAGAAAGCUUGAAGCAUUGGGAAGUCAACUGGUUGUCAUCUCGACAUACAGAAGACAUGAUAGUCACACCGUUUGCACAGGUCCUCGCCAGCCUGAGGACAGUCCGAAGUAACUUCGCCGUCAUAACCGGCCAGCAAGAUCGCACGGCCAGCAAAACACGAUCUUCAGGCAGCAACCCACCAUCCAUGUGCAAGACCAGCCUCGCAGAGGAGCCUCACCAGCAGCUGGCCAUAGAGACUCUAGAUGAGCUGGACUGGUGUCUGGAGCAACUAGAGACGCUGAAAACCCGACACUCUGUCAGUGAGAUGGCUUCCAACAAGUUCAAGAGGAUGCUGAACCGAGAGCUCAGCCAGCUGUCAGAAGCCAGCCGUUCAGGGAACCAGGUGUCUGAAUUCAUCUCCAGCACCUUUCUGGAGAAACAACAUGACAUGGACAUCAUGUCUCCCCCGACCAAGGAGAAAGACAAGAAAAAGCGUCCUAUGUCCCAGAUCAGCGGUGUGAAGAAGGCCACCCACAGUCCCAGCCUUGCUCCUUCAACCAUUCCUCGAUUUGGGGUCAAUGCUAGCCAGGAAGGACUCCUAGCUAAGGAACUUGAGGAUAUAAAUCGAUGGGGUAUUGACAUCUUUAAGGUCUCUGAGUAUUCUGGGAAUCGCCCACUGACAGUCACCAUGUACACCAUUUUCCAGGAACGUGAUCUGCUGAAGUCCUUUAAGAUUCCAGUGGAUACUUUCAUUACCUUCAUGAUGACUUUGGAGGACCACUAUCAUGCUGAUGUGGCCUACCACAACAACAUCCAUGCUGCAGACGUGGUCCAAUCAACACACGUGCUGCUGUCCACACCUGCACUGGAGGCUGUGUUUACUGAUCUGGAGAUCCUCGCUGCGCUGUUCGCCAGCGCCAUCCACGACGUGGAUCACCCCGGAGUUUCCAAUCGGUUUCUCAUCAACACCAACUCAGAGUUGGCCCUGAUGUACAAUGACUUGUCAGUGCUAGAGAAUCACCACCUGGCUGUAGGCUUUAAGCUUCUGCAGGAAGACAACUGUGAUAUUUUUCAGAAUCUCAACAAAAAGCAGCGUCAGUCGCUUCGCAAAAUGGUCAUCGACAUGGUGCUCGCCACAGAUAUGUCCAAACACAUGAACCUGUUAGCAGACCUGAAGACCAUGGUGGAGACUAAGAAAGUCACCAGCCUGGGAGUCCUGCUUUUAGACAACUAUUCAGAUCGCAUACAGGUUCUUCAGAACAUGGUACACUGUGCAGACCUGAGUAACCCGACCAAACCUCUCGAGCUGUACCGCCAGUGGACAGACCGCAUCAUGGUGGAGUUCUUCACACAGGGAGACAGAGAGAGAGAGAAAGGCAUGGAGAUCAGCCCCAUGUGCGACAAGCACAAUGCUUCAGUAGAAAAGAACCAGGUGGGUUUCAUCGACUACAUCGUUCAUCCUCUGUGGGAAACAUGGGCCGACCUGGUGCACCCAGAUGCGCAGGACAUCCUGGACACGCUGGAGGAUAACAGAGAGUGGUAUCAGAGCAUGAUCCCCCACAGCCCAUCACCUCACCCAGAGGGCCAGGAGGAGGAGGAGGAGGAGGAAGAUGCCUUUGCAGGGGAAGCUUCGGCACACGGUCGGGGUAGCGGGUCUGCUUCUGCUGACAAGUUUCAGUUUAAGCUGACCUUAGAAGAAGAGGGGGAGUCUGACACAGAGAGCCCACCUGAGGAAGAGGAGGGCCACAGCAGCAGCAGGAGGCAUGAAAUCUACAGAUCCGAUUCGGCCUCUCCUGCAUCUCGAAGGCUUCCCAAAAUCCUUACAAGUGACUCGGGCAGGACGUUUUCGUUAGACUCAGAGAAAGAUAUGGCAGAAGAAAGAGAAACGGACGAAGGCGUCUCUGGGGUUCCACGCUUUCGAAUUGGCACAUAGCACCAGUCAAUAGUUUCGACUCUUUCGACUUUCUUUUGUUUAAUUAUUCUUGAUUUCAGUGCCUCGCCCUCUGUCACACCCCACCUUCCACUUCGAGCAAACGCCACCACCUCUGUUUUUCUACAGAUGGGGUUUAAGAGCAGGACUCAAGGUGGGGAGUACGGGAGUGCGGGAGGCUGUGGGGGAGGACUGAGAAAGUCUGCAGUUUUACACAGCAGUCACUUGCACUGGAGAGAGACAGAUAGGCCCAGUCGCUGUUCCAGUAAGGACAGGAAAUCUGUGUCUCUCACUCAGACAAAUUGUGGCUGAAGUUCCACAGAGACGAUAAGAAGUUAGAAAAAUACAUGCUUUUCUACCAGCUAGCCUAAAGUCCGCUACGACUAAAGACAGACGUGUCUUCCGCUAACGGAGUAUUUUUUUGUGUGAAAGAAGCGAGGAAGUGAUGAAUGACCGCGAAAACACAACAAAGUCUUUUAAGACUUCUUGCCAAACUUGCAAAUACUGGUUUGCCUGCCUUUUGGGGGUUUUUUUGGUUUUUCAUUUUUAGUAAGUUUUUUUUUUUUUUAAUUCAGUUGUCUGUUAUUUAGAUUCACACACAGUAAAUUGAAGCUACAGCUAACAGCAAACUUGAAAGAAGUGUAAGCAAAUUCAUAGCACAAAAAGAAGAGCUAUGAAGGAUUUUUUUUUUUUUGCAAGACACCUUAAAUGUAGCAGAUAUUUGAAGUGACUCUAUCACUGUGUUUGUAUACAUGCAGUAGCACUCCUUUCAGCUGGUGUUACACAGCCGAUUUAAUUGUACUCAGCAGGCAAGUUGCUUUAAUGAUUAUAACGACUGAGCUGGCACCGCAUAUUAUUUUUCAUGUUUUCAGAUGUAUUAUUUCCAUUUUUAAUAAUCUUAAUGAGAUAUAGUCAGCAACAAAACUGAGCCAGGGUCAGUGUAGCGCUAGGCGUUCUAGGAGUUACAUCCAGAGCGAUGUGGGCUGUGGUUAUGGUGCCUCCCAGUGUCCACAUGUGGAACUGAAGUUCUGGUACUGUGGUAAAUGAUUUGCAAGUUCUUACAUUGAAAACAUAUUUAACUGCAGGACUACCCAAAAAAAUGUCGGUUAUUUUUCUGUUUUUGUUGCUUUAUUGUUUGGAUUAUUUUUAUUUGACUUGAUGUUUGGCGCCCAUUUUAUCAGUUUGCCUUCAAGUUUUAGCACUUUGCAGUUUUGUUCAUAGGUAGCCUUCGUUUUUGUCUGUUUUUAAGGGCUCGAGCCAAAACAUGAACUCAUUGGAGGCUUUUGACUGAGAAACACUAACUAGCACAGACAUCAUGCAAAAAAAAAAAAAAAAAAAAAAAACAUAAAAAGAAAAAAACUCAGUGUCACAGUAGAGUUACGAGUACAUUAAGCUAUUAGAGUUCCAUUAUUCUUACUACACAGCAUCUACCUACUGAAAUAGUGUUUUUGGUAACAUCCACUAGCAUAGAUUACUGCACUAAUGAGGGCAGUGUCUUGAUGAGGUUGUAAUGACAGAUGUUAGCAUCGCUGUAACUGUAAAAACCCAGGAGGUUACAAAGAGCCAGUUCCCUGUGCCUGAAUCUCCCCUCUUUUUUUUCCCUCUCAUUGAUCAGUACUUUGCUCUCCACAGGGACACGCCGGUAGUCAAUGACAAAACAAGUGCCAAGCAAGCAUGACACAACCCGUACUGUAAUUUCCAUUUUGCCACUGGCUACUUUCCAUCAGUGACUGAUAAAGUUGGUUGAUUGUAGCACCCAGUGUGCCAAUCUGACCUCAGUGUCUCUGCUCCUUUUUCUCUCUCACUGAACUCCUGUUCAAACCGUAACAGUAACUGAUAUUGUCUUAAAACAGUGACGUGUUUGUUGUCUGGGUGAAUGAGUUUUCUUUCUCAUUUUUUUCUUUUUCUUUUCUUUCUUUUUUUUUUGAAGUAUUUGCUAAAAAGAAGAAAAAAACUCAAAGCACUUUGUACGGUUCUCUCACACUUCUGCACUUUUCUGUUGACGGACAGCCUGGUAGUUUAAUUGAACUGGAUGAGCUGGACCAUUGACGCUCAGAAGGGCUGAAGUUCCUUGUCUUGUCUUUUCUUUUCUUUUCUUUGGUCCUUUUUAUAAUGAACUAAUUGACUGUGCAAAAGAAGUGUUUUGUUGAGAUGCGUGACAUUAGCUGCCGGAUUCAAACACUAUGAAAGUAAUGCAGAGAACUUACUAAACUCAUCCUGUCGAGAAACUUUUUUAUUACCAUGAAACAGUGUAACUUAUUUUUUAAAUGUGUGACUGAGCUUUCUUUCUUCCUUUUUUUUUGUUUUUUUGAAGCCUUAUUUUUAACUUGGGAUUUUUUUCUGGUCACUGACAUGCUGGAGUAAAACAUGUGCAAUCCUUCCUGUAGCCGACGACUCAACUCUCAAGGAUGCCUUCAACACUAAAGGACUAUUUAACAACAUUAUAACCAGCACAACAUGCAAAGAGUCAGUGUGUGUCUCUCUGCGUGUCACUAAUUCAUUGUGUUCUUUUUCCUCACAGUACUUUGUGUACAGUUUAUUUAUUGCUUCUGUAUUACCUGUCAGCAACGAUGUGACAGAGAAGCAGCUUUUGUUUUAGUCUAAGGUUUUAAUACUCACACGUAGUUUCAUGUAUGAGAAACUUUUCCUUUUCACUUCUAAUAUAACAUUAUACAUGAGCAAAUACUCACUUUCACUUUUCUCUUGGUGUAAAAAUUGCUGAGUGACAGAUUUCCGUCUGGGUUUUCUGGAUCACGUCCUAUCGCCUGUCUUCCUCUGGCAUCACUGAUCUGAUCGCAUCACGUGUUCAUAAAGGAUCUCGGAGUACGUGCGCUCAUCUGAAAGCUCUUUGACUCUUAGUGAAGAUGUCACGUUGUCGAACAGUCUCAACAGCCAACCAAGACCAGUAUUUCUGUGCGUGGAGAUUUUUAUGAAUGUGUGUCAUAAACUGAAACUCUGCAGCUUUGACAAUCCAACUCUGCUGUUUAACUGUGGCUGCGUUAGCCCUCUGUCCAACUAGAACUGUAUGCCUUGCCAAUAAAGGAAAAGCUCUUCA